AUGAGACGUGCAUGUGUUGAGUUAAUUUUAACUGUCCCUACUUGCAGUUACUUUGAAUUUGGGCAUGUGGAGGGACUUGAGGUGGAAAACUGGGAGUCUUGGUUCAAACCAAACAUAGAAGAAGCCGCCCAAGGCGGUGGAGAGCAGGAUGAGGAAUACAAUGAGGAUGAAGAUGAAGCAACAACAUCUGCAGCAACAGCUACGCUUCUUGUAUGGGUGAAACGAGGGUGGUAUGUUUGCUCGCCGGGGUGGUGGUCUUCGAAUCGGGAGGGUGGGGUCUCUGUAGCCCGGAGGCUUUUGUAG